AUGAGCCGCCACGUCAAGUCCCGGUCCGGGUGUCGGGUCUGCAAAGCCAAGCGCCUCAAAUGCGACGAGACCAUGCCCGCCUGCCGCAACUGCAUCAACCGCGGCAUUGCCUGUCCGGGCUACCGGCAGGUGCUGCGGUGGUCGACCAAGUACGAGAAUCCCGCGCCGAAGCCAACGGGAGGACGAAGGUCCAGCACAGCAGCCGCCGUUCCCGAGUUCUCGGAGCUGGUCACGGCCGCAUCGCAGUCCAUCAAACCGAGGAGCCCACCACGGGAUGCACAGACUGUACCGGCAGAACCUGCAGCACCCGUCGAGUCGGCGACCUCAUUGGACGCCUUUGACCCGUUUGAGCCCGCGAUCAAGGCGGAGACGGCACCAGCAACACGGCAGCCAUUAUCACAAGUGCGUCCAGGCCAACCAGUGCCGCGAGCACCGUCACUUCCCGUCUCUUCUUUGUCGCCCGCAUCCUCGACGUCCUCCUCUUCCACCACAUCCUACGGCCCGCAUGGCCCGUCCGUUGUGCCCGUCCUCGCCGAGGACAAUGUGACCGGCCCAUACUCAUUCUCCUACGCCAUGCCACCCACAUCGUCCGCAGCAGCAACUGCUCCGCCACACUCGUCUUUGAUCGAGGCCACCGGCCGUUGGCAGCUCACACAACUGGGCGGUGUGUCUGUUCCCUCGUUUAUGGACGAGACUGCUGUACUUCUCGACGAUCUAGAUCACAAUCUUGGCCAGGACCAAGAACAAGACAACGAUGAAUCCUACACGCUCGAGCUGUGGCAGCCCGACCGUUUCACCCGCACUCCAUACCAGCUGCAGAAACUGCCUCACCCCGUCCGCGGCCUCAGCCUGCCCGGCACCUCCCUCGUCGAGCUGUGGUUCUCGUCUGUCUGCGGCAUGUGGGCCGCCUACGACUCGCCCGCCAACCCCUUCCGGCGGCUUUGCUCCACGCUGUGGUCCAGCAACGAGGCCGUCUUCUUUUCGCUGCAGACCAUGGCCGCGGCGUCUCUCCCGAAACGGCCGCCCAGCGUCAGCGAGAUUGUCUUGGUGGCCCCGCAGAUGUCGACGCAAGCGCUGAUUCACGAGCUGCAGGAGCUGUUUGGGCCCAGCGCCGGCGUCCACCGGGCCGGCAUCGACGGCAUCGACGCCGUCCCAAGCGCCUGCGACACCAGCAGCAGCACACCGCCGCCCAAAGGCGUCUUCCCGGCCGGCCUGCUGACCUCCCUCUUCUGCAUGAGCUCCUCGCUGAGCUGGAUCGACGCCCGCCAGCUCGGCAUCCAGUACCUGCGCAACGCCCGCUCCGUCAUUGACUUGCUCGACCUGCGGGCCGCCCAGCUGUCCGCCGACGACCGCGAGCUGCUCGAGUUCUUCCGCGGCUGCCUGCUGUACGAGGAAAUGCUCCGCAGCAUUGUCUCCGACGACCAGGACGACAUCCAGGCGCUGCUGGCCUGGCGCCCGCCCACGGCCACGGCACACACGGCACAACCGCCCGGCACGACGACGGACCUGCACCUCCACGCCUGGGCCGGCGUGCCCAUUGUGCUCAUUGGCCUCUUUGGCAAAGUCAUGGCCCUCUGCCGCCGCUCGCGCAAGGCCUGGCGCACGGCGGCCCGCGCCGCCACGUACCAGCUGCUGUACCAGGCCAUGCAGGACAUCCAAGAGGGCCAGGCCCUGGAGGCCGUGCUGCUGGCCAUGGAGAUUCAGAUUCCCGCGCCCGACCCGUCGGUGGCGGCAGCGGACGCCCGGUUGCAGGGCCACAUCUACAAAGCCGCCGAGGCCUUCAGGCUGUCGUCCCUCCUCCAGCUCUACCAGACCUUUCCCGACCUCGUGUCGCAGCACCAGAACUCCACAGGAGCAGGGCCGGGACAGACUCUGCUGGGCCCGCCCAUGGGCGACAGCACCGCCCCGGCCACCGGCCGCUGCCUGCUGCCCCUGGUCCUCCACAUGGUCGACCUCAUCCGCGGCAUCCCCGCCGACUCGCGCAUGCGCUGCCUGCAGCCGCUGCUGUGCCUGUGUGCAGGGAGUGCGUUGCGGGUCGAGGGCCCCGCGGACGAGCCGGCCGACCAGCCACCGGCUACGUCGGCCGUGGAUCUUGUCCUUGUCAGCGGGCGGGCCACGGACGGAGGUGGUGGUGGUGGCAUGCCGUUGCUGGACGAGUUUGACUUUCCACUGGCGAGAGACGUGGGUGAUUCGCUGGCGCUGGCCACCGACAGCGCAGCGGUCCACCGCGCGCGCGAUACCCUCCGCACCCGGCUCGCCAAACUCGAACAGAACCUGCCGCCUCGCCCCAUCACAGUCGCCCGCCAGCUUCUCGAGACUGUCUGGCUCACCUACGACACGGAAACGCCGCCGAGCCGGAGCCACUGGCUGGACAUUAUGGCGGAGACCAACUUUGAGAGUGUUUUCGGAUAG